CUUGAAAAAUCAUUUUCUCUCUCUCUGACGUUUGUUAUCAUGUGCAAUAUUCCUUAACUGCUCUAAGUGACGCUGUUGGUCAGGUUGUGCAAUUUUUAAAUGCACAGUUCUCGAUCCUCCCUAUAUAUGACUGCAUGCAGCCUAGAAUUCUUUUCACUCUGCUCGGUUUCGCAAUUUAAUAAUUAACAAAUCAGUAAAGCUCUCCAGCACAGUUUAAGGUUGUUUUUAUCAUUUUAAACUGAGGUAAAGGUUUCGGAUCGUUUGCAUCUUACAGUGUUUGCAAUAUGGGCUUUCUUUGUUCCCUCGAUUCCCGGAUAAGUGGUUCUACUGUCCGCGUUUCGACAUGGCUGACAAAGAUUCUUGUUGGAUUAGCUUUUCUCAUGGCCGUUGCGCACGGGCAGGUCCGUUAUUCUAUUCCCGAGGAGAUGAACAAGGGAUCGGUGGUGGGAAAUAUCGUUCAGGAUCUCGGUUUGGAUGUUAAGAGACUGAUAUCUGGACGAGCGCGGAUCUUUACGGAGGACAGUCGUGAGUACAUCGGUCUGAAUGUGGAUAAAGGCACUCUGAUAGUGAGGGAGAGAAUAGAUAGAGAGGAGCUGUGCGCUCAAGUAUCUCCUUGCUCUAUACAUUUUCAGCUAAUUUUAGAUAAUCCAGUGGAGCUGCAUGGAAUUGAUGUGGAAAUACAAGAUAUCAAUGAUCAUGCCCCUGAUUUCGAGAGAAAAGAAAUCAACAUUGAAAUAAGGGAAUCUAUUGUCUCAGGUUCACGAUUUUCUUUAGGCAGUGCGCAUGAUCCUGAUGUUGGACUGAAUACACUGCAAAGAUACACCCUUAAUCCCACGGAUCAUUUCAUGUUGAAAGAAUUAUCACGUAACGAUGGCAGCAAAUAUGUUGAGAUGGUAUUAAAAACACCUUUAGACAGAGAGCUACAGGAAGAGCAUGCAUUAAUUUUGACAGCGUUUGAUGGUGGAACUCCUCAGAAAUCUGGAACAGUUAAAAUAACUGUCACUGUUCUUGAUGUAAACGACAAUUCUCCUGUGUUCAGUCAGCCAAUAUACCGAGUGUCUUUGUCAGAAAAUAUUCCGAAAGACAGUUUAGUAGUAUCAGUCAGUGCUACUGACAAAGACAAAGGAUCUAAUAGUGAUGUUUCAUAUUCUUUUUCACAAAGUACCGGAAAAGAAGCCAUCGAAUUGUUUAAUAUUAAUUCGGACACAGGGGAAAUAAAAGUAAAAGGUGUCCUAGAUUUUGAAAAAUCCAAACAGUAUGAAUUAUACGUGGAAGCGAUAGAUGAAGGCGGACAAACUGAUACCAGUAAAGUUCUGAUUGAUAUUGUUGAUGUUAAUGACAAUUCUCCUGUUAUCAGUGUUAUCUCAUUUUCCAACUCGAUCCCAGAAGAUUCCAACCCUGAGACUGUUGUCGCAAUGUUGAAUAUUAAAGACAUAGACUCCGGGAAAAACGGGCAAAUUAAAUGCACAGUGAAUUCAGAUCUGCCGUUUCGCAUCAAAUCGACAUCCAAUAAUUUCUACAAUUUAGUCACCAAACGUAUUUUAGACCGUGAAAUGUUUUCUGAAUAUAACAUAACGAUCACAGCUACAGAUGAAGGUUCUCCAUCUUUAUCUACAAAUAAAACACUGAGACUUAAAAUAUCUGAUGUGAACGACAACGCUCCUGUUUUCCAGCGUCACUCAUACACGGCUUAUGUAAUGGAAAAUAAUUCACCUGGAGUGUCUAUAUUUGCAGUGACAGCGACUGACAGAGACUCUGGGAAUAAUGCGCGCAUUUCUUAUUUUUUAGAAGAUCUUUCUGUGAACGGAGUUUCUGCUUCGUCUUAUAUUUCCGUUAACGCAGAGAGCGGAGAGAUUCUCGCUAUUCGGUCUUUUGAUUUCGAGCAAACAAAAGAGUUUAAUAUUCGCGUAAAAGCGCAGGACGGAGGCAACCCGCCUCUCAGUAGCAACGUGAGUGUGAAAAUUAUUAUUCAGGACCAGAAUGACAACGCGCCACAGAUUCUGUAUCCAGUACAAACUGGUGGCUCUGUGGUGGCUGAAAUGGUGCCUCGUUCAGCAGAUGUUGGAUAUCUUGUCACUAAAGUGGUGGCUGUGGAUGUGGACUCUGGACAGAAUGCCUGGCUCUCAUAUAAACUACACAAACCGACAGACAGAGCGCUGUUUGAAGUGGGCUUACAGAAUGGCGAAAUAAGAACUGUGCGUCAAGUCACUGAUAAAGAUGCUGUGAAACAGAAGCUCACUGUUGUAGUGGAGGACAACGGACAGCCCUCUCGUUCAGCUACAGUCAAUGUUAACGUGGUGGUGGCGGACACUUUCCCUGAAGUGCUCUCAGAGUUCACUGACUUCACACACGACAAGCAAUACAAUGACAACCUGACAUUUUAUCUAGUCUUGGCCUUGGCUGUAGUUUCUUUUCUCUUUAUCGUGUCCAUCAUAGCUAUACUGACCGUAAAAUGCUACAGAUGGAGACGUGAGCGAAUGUUUUAUAAAUCCGGUGCCAAUCUUCCGGUUAUUCCCUAUUAUCCACCUCUUUACGCAGACGUGGGAGGAACAGGAACUUUACAACAUAUGUACAAUUACGAAGCGUACAGAACCACUGAUUCUAGAAAGAGUGAUAUGAAAUAUGCCAGACCUCCUACUGAGAGCAUGAUUAGUCUGGACAGCAGUGGAGCACAGACUCUUACGCAUGCACAGAAGACGAAAGUUACUGACUACGAUCAGCAAAAACCCCCCAACGCUGACUGGCGUUUCAACCAGAACCAGAGACCUGGACCCAGUGGAGCUGCUGCCACUCCAGAGGUCGCCAUGGGAACCGGACCCUGGCCAAACCCCCCAACCGAGGCAGAGCAGCUCCAGGCACUAAUGGCUGCUGCAAAUGAAGUGAGUGAGGCCACAAACACACUGGGUCCUGGCACCAUGGGCCUGAGCACACGCUACAGUCCCCAGUUCACCCUGCAGCAUGUUCCUGACUACCGGCAGAACGUCUACAUCCCGGGCAGCACUGCCACUCUCAGUGCCAACCCCCAGCAACCCCAGCAGCCCCAGCAACCUCCUCAGGCACUUCCUGCUCCACAGAUCACCAGCGCCCAGGUCGAGCCUCCCAACGCCCAGACACCUGCUAGCAAGAAGAAGAUCACCAAGAAGGAGAAGAAAUAAAGAGAGAGAGAGAGAGUGCUAGUUAGGAUGAGUUCUUGCUUUUGGUGUCAGGUUAAAGAAAGUAGAGGAAGUGAGGUGUUAAGUUCAAGGGAUAGGGAAGGAUAUCUACUCUUGUUUCCUCACAUAUGGGUGAGCUUUUGUGCACUCGCUGUUUCAGAAGUAUGAGAUAAGAAUGAAUGAGAAAUCAGUGUGCAGCUCCAGCGUUUUUUUUUUUCUUCAUGUUAUUCUCUUGAUUUUUCAUCCAUUUAAAUCCUUCCACUGACUUCUAUGUGAUAUACAUACCUGUGGCUGGAUUAAUGUGUUAUGUACAAUAGUUUCACAUUGGGAUUAAGUUUUCUUUGGAUAUCUUAUUAAUCUGAAUGUUCCUAGUGUUAGGAGAGCAAACUCAGAUGCCGGUUGUUACAUUUUUAUGCUUUUUAAGGAAAACGAACAUUUUACAUAUAUCUAGUCAUUAGUGGCAGUUAUCAUAAUGACAAUAAUGUGCUUGGAUUUUUUUUUGAGACAUUUCUCUCAUAGAGCUGCAUUUGCUGGUUUUACUGAGAAGGAAGAUGUUACUUUUUUUAAACAUCUCAUGAUGCUGUGCUUUGGUUACACCACUAUUGGACUUGAUGAAAAUAUAACACAUACAGUAAGGUUUAGAUUUUGGAAGUUUCUGCUGAAAUAACACAGGAAAUCAUUUUUUGCAUGAUGCUGAACAUUAAAUAAAUGUAAAGCUUAACUAUGCAUUGCAUGCCUGAUUAAAAAAAAAUUAAUUGUAAAUUAAAUUGGUAUUGACUCCAGUCAAGGAAUUUAAUAAUGCAUUGUGCUUCAGAUAAAGUUCUAGAGAAAAACAUUGAAUUAAAGUCUGUAAGAGAAAUUGUCCAAACCUCUGCAAAUGUCUUAGCUUGAAUGUGGAAUUAUUUUUGCUUUGGCAGAGUAAUGCAUGAAAAAGAGUCUUACAGUGAACAAAUCAGUGAGUUGAUGCUGUAAAUAAUAAUAGAAUCAGUACUGACCAGUCACAGGUUUAUCAUUUGCGAAUUGCCAUGGUAUGUUCAUAAAUAGAUCAAAUCACCAACAUCUGAUAAUAUAAUCUUCAGCUUUUCAUGUUUUAUUAUUAUUAUUUUUUAUUAUUUCUACACACAUUCUUCACCUGCUGUGUAAAGAUAACACCCAAUACAGAGUCCAUAGUUCACAAAGUCCAUAAAAAACAUCAAUUAGAAAUUCUUUUUUUUUUUUAAAUCUAAGCCUGAAGCACAGGCUUCGUACUGGAAUGUGUUACAUAGUGUUGUUUUUUUUAGUAAAAUGGGGGAAAAAUAUAAAAUAAACAAAUAUAAAUAAACAAACAAAUAUAUAAAUUAAGAAAAUGAUCAUGCAAAUUGUUGCUGUUUCAAACGUAGUUAUUUAACACAAGCAGGCUGACUAACUCAACUGUAAAUAAAGAGAUUAACUUUUAAAAAGGUGAAACACUUGUAGUCUAGAAACCUGUGACGUUGUGCAUAUAUUUUUGUGUUUUCUUCUCCUUCUCUUCCUCUCUGAUCACCCUUAAUUAAAUAGACACAGUAAAUAACAAAACUCUUCCUAAUUCUCUAUCAAUUCUCUCUUCUUUUGAGAUUUCUAUUGUGCAUAUGUGCAAGAAAGGUUCUUAAUGUCUAUAUGAAGAAACAAAUAUAAAUAUUAUCUGUGUGUGUGUCUGCCAGUGGCAUAAUGCUUUGUACCCAGUUUAUCACCAUCCCUAUAAAACACUAAUACUUGCACCUGCUCCUCAGUGUUAUGCUUAUUUUAUAUGCUAAUAUUUAUAUUUCUGUUUUAUUUCUUGAACACUGACAUUUCAAAUAAAAGGUUCUGAAAAUCU